UCUUUAAACCUUUCAUUUCAAUUGAUUAUUCACCUUAUCCUCAAUCGUUGAGGAAUUGAGGUUCUUCUUCUUCUUCUAGCACCCCUCCAUGGCAACCAUGCCUCUCUUCAAGUCCUUUACAAUGGCAUCACAAUCAUGGCUACUCUCUCCCCCGUCACUCUUUUACACCAAACCCAAACACUGCCCUUUUCACUCACUUCGUCAUUCUUCUAGACCACUCAGAUUUCAAGUUGCAUCCUUCAAUUCUUCUUCGUUCCUUUCACUUUCACGCUCUCUAUGCCUCACCACGAGGACCAUUCAUCAUUCUCCUAUGCUCACCUUUGUCGCACAAGCGUCAGAUUGGGCUCAGCAACAAGAAGUUGAUGGUGAAGAAGAAGAAGCAACGUGGGAGAACGAAGGCGAACCCAAAUGGGUAAACCAAGAUGAUGAAAUUGAGGCUGUGAUUGAUGGUAGUGAGGGAGAAGGGGAAGGUGGGUUUGAUGAAACUUCUGAGGAUGCAAAACUCUUUGUUGGUAACUUGCCUUUUGAUGUUGAUAGCCAGAGACUUGCCAUGCUCUUCGAGCAGGCCGGAACGGUGGAGAUAGCCGAGGUAAUUUACAAUAGGGCAACCGAUCGGAGUCGCGGGUUUGGAUUUGUAACAAUGAGUACAGUUGAGGAAGCUGACAGAGCUGUGGAGAAGUUCAGUGGCUAUGAGUUAGAUGGAAGAACGUUGACUGUUAAUAAGGCUGCUCCAAGAGGAUCGCAGCCGGAGCGGUCACCGCGCACCUUUGAUUCCUCAUUAAGAGUAUAUGUUGGUAACUUGCCUUGGGAUGUUGAUAAUAUUCGACUAGAGCAAAUUUUCAGUGAACAUGGUAAGGUUGAGCAAGCUCGGAUAGUGUAUGACAGAGAGACUGGUAGAUCACGUGGUUUUGGCUUUGUCACAAUGUCCAGUGAGACUGAUAUGAAUGAUGCCAUUGCUGCUCUUGAUGGCCAGAGCUUGGAUGGGCGGUCACUCAGAGUGAGUGUUGCUGAGGAGAGGCCCAGACGCAGCUUCUGAGUCAUUAUCCGAGUAAUUAUCCUGUGUGUGUAUGUGCUGCUUGUUUAUGGCUGAGGACAUGUCAAUCUUGUUUUUAUUUUUCUUCUUUGGCGGCUGGUUUAAGGUUAGAUUUAGUGAUUCACAAAGUGUCAAUCUUGUUUUUUAAUGUCAUUGUUAAUUAAACGUCCAGAAUCCAGAUAAUGAUGAUGAUCAUGAUGAUUAUAAUUCCAUCUCUGGAGAUUUUGAAGAAA